CGCCGCCCCCAUGGGGCGCCCGACGGCGCGGCCGGCCCGGCGCGGGAGCUGAGCCCGGAGCCCUCCAGUGUUUACAUGAAAGAAACACUCAAGAGGACUUGGAGAAACCACACCGGCCUGAAACAGCUGUUUUUGUUUCCUCCCCACCCCCCUGCGCCCCCUGCUCUUGUGUGUAAAAGAAACCAGGCUGCCUAAUGGUGCAGAAAAUUCACAGUAAAGCAACAAGUUUUCCACGGAGCAGAGAAGAAAGAUGGGGAGGAGGGGAAAAUGUGUGCCUGGGCACAGUCUGGACUAGAAAUAGCACAUUUUCCGCAGGCUUUUUCCCCCACUUGAAGCAUUUGCAGCUGCUGGGGGCAUCACAUUUGCUGAGAUUGCAGAAAGAGAUUGAUCCUGUGCUGCCUGUAAGGCAGGAAGAGCAGCUGCAGAAGGAUUUGUAGGGCUGGGUUAAAGCCAUUCCCGGUAUUCUCGGAGCUGAGCAUCGCCUCGGAGCAGCUGCCCACGGAUGAUGGGUACGACAGCGAGCGCAGCACAGCAGGCAGUCUCGGCAUCCCCCCUGGAGAGUCGGGCACCAGGAGACGGCAGCAUGGAGGACCAGCACUCCCUCAGCAUCCACUCCUUCCAGACCCUGGGGCUCCACAACAGCAAGGCCAAGUCCAUCAUCACCAACAAAGUGGCACCUGUGGUCAUCACGUACAACUGCAGGGAGGAGUUCCAGAUCCAUGAUGACCUGCUGAAGGCCAACUACACGGUGGGACGCAUUUCUGAGGCCACGCUGGAUCACUACCUGGUGCAGGGGAAAUACUUCAUGGUCAGGGAUGUAUAUGGAAAAUUAGAUGUUUUGAACACUACUGGCAGCUGUGGUGCUCCCAACUUCCGACAGGCCAAAGGAGGAUAUGCUGUGUUUGGGAUGGGGCAGCCCAGCCUCAACGGCUUCAAGCUCGUGCUGCAGAAGCUGCAGAGAGAAGGCCACAAGGAAUGUGUCUUCUUCUGUGUCCGUGAGGAGCCUGUAGUCUUCCUGCGGCUGGAGGGGGACUUUGUUUCCUAUACCCCCCGGGGCAAGGAGAACCUCCACGAGAACCUGCAGCACCUGCAGCGGGGCGUGCGGACGGAGAGCCUGGAGCUGGCCAUCCGCAAGGAGAUCCGCGACUUCGCGCAGCUGAGCGAGAGCAUCUACUACGUGUACAAUGACAUUGAGCGGCUGCGGGAUGAGCCCCAUGCCGUGCGGGUGCAGUGUGAUGAGGACAUCCAGGUCACCGAUGAGGUCUAUCGCAGACCUGUUUUCCUCCAGCCCUCCUACAGGUACCACCGGCUGCCCCUGCCUGCUGAGGGAGCCCCUUUGGAGGAGCAGUUUGAUGCUUUCAUCCGCUUCCUCAGGGAGAGCCCCAGCCUGCUGCUGCAGGACCCCGGCAGACCCCCACCUGCGCUGCUCUUUGGCUGCCAGACUGGCGUGGGCAGGACCAACCUGGCCAUGGCCAUGGGCACCCUGGUCCUCCACCACCACCACCGAGGAGCUGCCCAGAAGCCCGACUUCCCCCACUUGCCUAAGACAUCUCCUAGGGACAGGCUCCGGGUCAUCCAGACCUUCAUGGAGAUAGUCCCCAAAGGCGAGCAGAUAGUGGAGGAGGUGGAUGGUGCCAUCGCCUCCUGCUCAGAGAUGCAUGACAUGAAGGAAGCCAUCUACGAGAACAAGAAGAAGCUGGAAGGGAUUGGGGAGGACUAUCAGAUACAGGGGAGCAGCACCAAAGAGUAUUUCCUCCAGAGGACUCUGCAGAGCCUCGAACGCUAUUUCUACCUGAUUGCUUUCAACUACUACCUUCACGAGCAGUACCCCCUGGGCUUUGCCCUCAGCUUCAGCAGGUGGAUGUGCCGGCACCCGGAGCUGUACCGGCUACAGGCAGACAUGAACUGCUCGGAGCUCACCGUCACCGCCGAGCUUGUCACCAAAGGCGCGCGAGUGCUGGUGGCAGAUGAGCGCUUCUGCCCGGAUGUGCUGAGCACUGUCAAGGAGAUGAGCGUGGCCAACUUCCGAAGGGUGCCCAAAAUGCCCAUCUAUGGCACGGCACAGCCCAGCUCCAAGACCCUGGGCAGUGUCCUGCGGUACCUGAUGGAUGCCAAGAGGAAGCACUCCCGCAUUGUCUGGAUCAGCCUCCGGGAGGAAGUGGUCCUGGAAGGGAAUGAGCAGAUCUACACGCUGCGGGAGCCUGGACUCCUGGAGGAGCUGAUCUCUGUGCCCGCUGCCUCACCCCAGCAGCUGGAGAAACUGGAGGCUGCCCUGAAGGGGGACCUGCUGAAGUGCCAGAAGUGGCUGGAGGUGUACCUGGAGGCCGAGAAGCAGAUGAAGAUGUUCAAGAGCUGCCUGACCACACAGGAGAUAUUCAGCCAGCAGAAAAAUUCCUGCCAGGGACUCACCUACCACCGAAUCCCCAUCCCUGACUUCUGUGCUCCCAAGGAGCAGGACUUUGACCGGCUGCUGGAGGCCAUGAAGAGCGCUCUGGCCGAGGACUCGCGAGCAGCCUUCGUGUUCAACUGCUCCAGUGGCCGGGGCAGAACCACCACGGCCAUGGUCAUCGCUGUCCUCACCCUCUGGCACUUCAAUGGCAUCCCUGAGAUGAGUGAGGAGGAAAUUGUGAGCGUGCCUGACGCCAAGUACACCAAGGGGGAGUUCGAGGUGGUGAUGAAGGUGGUCCAGCUCCUGCCCGACGGUCACCGGAUGAAGAAGGAGGUGGACAUGGCCCUGGACACGGUCAGCGAGACCAUGACCCCCAUGCACUACCACCUCCGGGAAAUCAUCAUCUGCACCUACCGCCAGGGAAAGUCGGGCAAGGAUGAGAGGGAGACGUGGACGCUGCAGCUGAGGAGCCUGCAGUACCUGGAGCGCUACAUCUUCCUCAUUCUCUUCAACUCCUACCUGCACCUGGAGAAGAAGGACUCCUGGCAGAGGCCCUUCAGCGUCUGGAUGCGUGAGGUGGCAGCAGUGGCUGGGGUCUACGAGGUCCUGAACCAGCUGGGAUUCCCGGAGCUGGAGAGCCUGGAGGGCAAAGCCCUGUGCACGCUGCGGGGCCGCUGGCAGGCGCAGGCAGCCACAUCCCGUCCCUUCCGUGGGGACUUCGUGUAGGGCGUGGGGGAACCCCUGCUGCUUUCUCUGGGGUGGGGAAGAGCAAAAAAAAAAAGAAAAAAGACUGUUUUCCCCAAAUCCAAGGGUGUGGGGAGGGAGGGGUGAGCCUCAAAGCUGCCUUAGGAUGGGAGGAUUUCUGGGGUU